AGGUAUAGAAAACUCUACAAAUUAUUUUAAGGUAUACCCAGUGUAACUGAUGGCCUAUGGACUUAACAAGACAGCAGAAACUGAUCUGCCAGUCUCCCAAUCCUCAUUCCCUUGUACUUGGCCACCUCAUUUCCUGAAUUUCCUUCAGGCCUCCCACCUUUCUUGCUCCUUGCUCAUCACACCGCUGUCCUUUAAGGACCAGCCUCAGCAGGUGACUCACAAGCUGGAACCCCAACUCCAGGGAGCUUCCUUCACCCCUAGCCCAUUGUCUUUCCUAUCAGAAAUUGGGGGUGGGCAGUUGGAUGUUGGGAGUGUUGACAUACCUGCUAAGUGUCCCUUUACUCCAGCAGAGGCUCACUGUCCCUCUUCCUAUACCUACCCACGUUGCAUGUGCUUAGCAUCCCAGCUUUGCCUUCCCCUCCCCUCAUGUUUGGGUCUGCUGAUUCCCCUGGCCAAAAUAGAGUGGUGGGGUGAAGUUUGGAGGUAGAUGAGGAGUAAUGAAGAUUUACAAGGUGUGCUUAUAUUUUUGUAUUCACCUGAGACCACUUUUCCUGAAGGAAAAGUAAACCCAGUAGGUUUACUGUCUGUGCUUGGGCUCGCUGGCCUGUGUCCCCGGGGUAGUAACACUGCAGGUGGCGCAGUUUGGUCCUGGGUUGUGGGGGGUGUCGUCCCUCAGUCUGCUGCCGAGUAGACUCUCUCUCGGUGUUGCAGUGACUUAGGAAGGAGGGUUGUGGGAGCAGGGCAGAGAGCAAAGGCUUUGCCCAUGCAGGGAUGCCUUGCUGGAAGGAUGGGCUUUUCAAGCCGGGGGAAGGACGGUGCAGCUUCUCUGAAAUAAGAUUUUAACUCACACAUGCCUUCCUUCGUUGGCCAGAGGACAGACUCACAGUGGUGAUCUCCCCAAAACCCCUGGGAGCGGGUGUCCUUGGUUACAGAGAGGACAAGCGGUAGAAGGCAGGUCCUGCGGUGCAGUUCCAGAAACCCAGCAGCUGGAAGAAGAGGGCCCUCGCCAGUGGCUUUUACCUGCCACCCUUGGAUGGCCCUGUGUCCUCUUCCUUGCCUGUGCAGUAAAUUCAGAUUCACGCAUAUCUCGGAAAAGCUCAGCCAGGGGCGCACAUCCAGAUUUGCAUGCAGGCACGUCAGCAAUGAGAGAGCAACAGGCCAGCCGGGUAUUAAAAGCGAAAGUACUUGGAUACAAAUAGUGCAAAGACAAAAGCGGCCCGCCCAUGCCUACUGCUGAUGUGCCUUGUGACCUCAGGCUGGCCCCUCAUCUCCUCUGUGAAAGGAGGGGUGCCUGAGCUGGCUGGAGGCCCUCUUGGUUGAACGUUUUCCCCAGGCUGGAAGGAGCAGCAAUUUGAUGCCUCUCGGAUGAAUACCUUUCUCUCGUGGCCAGGCUCAUUAUCCAUUUUCGUGACAUUCAUAACAAAAAAUCUCAAGCUUCGGUCAGUGACCCUAUGAAUGCGCUGCAGAGCCUGACUGGUGGGCCCGCUGCAGGAGCAGCUGGAAUCGGCAUGCCUUCGCGGGGCCCAGGACAAUCACUGGGCGGGAUGGGUGGCCUUGGCAGCAUGGGGCAGCCGAUGCCCCUCUCAGGGCAGCCACCCCCCGGCCCCUCAGGGAUGGCCCCCCACGGCAUGGCUGUUGUAUCUACAGCAGCGCCACAGACCCAGCUGCAGCUCCAGCAGGUGGCGCUGCAGCAGCAGCAGCAGCAGUUCCAGCAGCAGCAGGUGGCGCUGCAGCAGCAGCAGCAACAGCAGCAGCAGCAGCAACAGCAGCAGUUCCAGGCCCAGCAGAAUGCCAUGCAGCAGCAGUUCCAGGCCGUGGUGCAGCAGCAGCAGCAGCAGCUCCAGCAGCAGCAGCAGCAGCAGCAACACCUGAUUAAAUUGCAUCAUCAAAACCAGCAGCAGAUACAGCAGCAGCAGCAGCUACAGCGGAUGGCACAGCUGCAGCUGCAGCAGCAGCAGCAGCAGCAGCAGCAACAGCAAGCUUUGCAGGCCCAGCCACCGCUCCAGCAGCCGCCGAUGCAGCAGCCCCAGCCUCCCCCCUCCCAGGCCCUGCCCCAGCAGCUGCAGCCCAUGCACCACCCGCAGCACCACCAGCCGCCGCCGCAGCCCCAGCAGCCACCUGUUGCUCAGAACCAGCCAUCGCAGCUCCCACCGCAGUCACAGACCCAGCCUCUGGUGUCCCAGGCUCCGGCCCUCCCUGGACAGAUGCUGUAUGCCCAGCCACAGCUGAAACUCGUGCGAACUCCUAUGGUGGUGCAGCAGCCGCAGGUGCAGCCCCAGGUGCAGCCGGUCCAGCCCCAGGUGCAGCAGCAGACAGCGGUACCGACAGCGCAGGCCUCCCAGAUCGUGGGCUCUGGAGUGCAGGUCAGCCAGAACAGCCUCACCAUGCUGUCCUCGCCGUCACCGGGCCAGCAGGUGCAGACCCCACAGUCGAUGCCCCCUCCUCCCCAGCCAUCCCCGCAGCCUGGCCAGCCCAGCUCGCAGCCCAACUCCAACGUCAGCUCUGGCCCUGCCCCUUCCCCUAGUAGCUUCCUGCCGAGCCCCUCACCACAGCCCUCCCAGAGUCCAGUGACAGCCCGCACCCCGCAGAACUUCAGCGUCCCCUCCCCGGGACCUUUAAACACCCCCGUGAAUCCCAGCUCAGUCAUGAGCCCAGCUGGCUCCAGCCAGGCCGAGGAGCAGCAGUACCUCGACAAGCUGAAGCAGCUGUCCAAGUACAUCGAGCCCCUGCGCCGCAUGAUCAACAAGAUCGACAAGAAUGAAGACAGAAAAAAGGACCUGAGUAAGAUGAAGAGCCUUCUGGACAUCCUGACAGACCCCUCUAAGCGGUGCCCCCUGAAAACACUGCAGAAGUGUGAGAUUGCCCUGGAGAAGCUCAAGAAUGACAUGGCAGUGCCCACACCCCCGCCGCCUCCGGUGCCGCCAACCAAACAGCAAUACCUGUGCCAGCCUCUCCUUGAUGCCGUCCUGGCCAAUAUCCGCUCACCCGUCUUCAACCAUUCCCUGUACCGCACCUUCGUGCCGGCGAUGACAGCCAUCCACGGCCCACCCAUCACAGCCCCGGUUGUGUGCACCCGGAAGCGUAGGUUUGAAGACGACGAGCGGCAGAGCAUCCCCAACGUGCUCCAGGGGGAAGUGGCCAGAUUAGAUCCUAAGUUCUUGGUGAAUUUGGAUCCUUCUCACUGCAGUAACAAUGGCACCGUCCACCUGAUAUGCAAGUUGGAUGACAAGGAUCUCCCGAGUGUGCCGCCACUGGAGCUCAGUGUCCCUGCUGACUACCCUGCCCAGAGCCCACUGUGGAUCGACCGGCAGUGGCAGUACGAUGCCAACCCCUUCCUGCAGUCGGUGCACCGGUGUAUGACCUCGAGGCUGCUGCAGCUCCCCGACAAGCACUCAGUUACGGCCCUGCUCAACACCUGGGCACAGAGCAUCCACCAGGCCUGCCUCUCAGCCGCCUAGCCACCCAGCCGCUGGGGACCGCAGGGAGAGUCAGUGGCCUUGUCAGGGCCACAGAGGGCAUGCACCUCGUGUCGGACAUUUCUAGGUGUUGGCUCCCUUAGAGAGCCUGGGCUUAGAUUAGCUUUCCUGCUUUUAUCUUCUGCCUUGGGGACUUGCCAGACAUCCUCCCACACUUGUACAUGACGAGGGCAGGUGGCUGUGGGACUGGCUGCAUCAGUAAUGGGGUUGGGACGUCCCCCAGGGAGUCAAACAUGCCACCAGCCCUGUGUGCUCCUCCCUGGGCUGCUGUCCCCUCGGCCUCUCCCAAGGCCUGUGUCCUUCCUCAGCACGGGGGAGAACUCAGGGUCUUGUUAGAGCCUCUUGUGUGUGUGCACCAGAAACACAUCCUGUUCCUGUAAGGGAACAUGGGGAGCAUAGGAAACCCUGAAAACGCACACAGAAGUCUCUGGUCACAGUUUUAGGUUCAGACCCUGCCACCGUGGGCAUGUGGGGCAAGCCACAGGGAAGCUCCUGGAUCCCAGGGUGCUGGCCGAGUCUCAGAGGGAAGGUUGGCCUGCAGGCGGUUGCAGAUCCCCUGCGGUCACCUGGGCCUCAUACCUCAUGGCAUUCUCCCUUCAAGCCAUGGGGGUCUGCUCAGCACUGUGGGAGAGCCUGGGGAGCAGGGGCACCUGGAUGGAUCCUGUCCCUGGCAUCGUGCCCACUCUGGGGUCAGGGCUCAGAGCCAUUCCUGAGAGUGAAGAAGGCUCCCUGACAGGGCAUCAGCCCGCCAGCCCUCUGGUGUUGAGAGGGUCCCCCUUUUCUAUGUGCACUACCAUGUCAUCUGUGGUUCUUAUAAUAAAUUUAUUAUUCCUGUGUUUGUCA